CCAUUUGAGUUAAGUUCCUGAAUUGUAGUUUUUUUUAAUUCCUUUACAUAUUAUUAAUUCCAUAGAGAAGUUCAUUUUUGCAUAAAUACUUGAAUCAUUGGCACACACACACACAUGCACAAACAGUGAGUCCAUCUCAAGAGGGGUAAUAAUAGUUCUGUUAUAGUGGUUAUAUAGUUAUAGUGGUAAACAUCUCCUUUUGCAGUAAAAUGUAUGAAAAUAUGGAUAAUAGUAUAGAUAAAACUACAACAAUGGACAGAGGAGAAAAUGAAGAAAGGAUUGAUGAUAUCUACAUCAAUGAAGAGGCUGUUAGAUAUCUUAAACACAAGAAAGACAUGAAGGAAUCUAACAGGACAACAACCAAACCACCUGAACCCACAGGAAGUGAGUUUGUGAUGAAGAGAGGUUUCAGAUCAGUUACAGUGUGUUUGCUGCUGCUGUGUGUUCUUCUACUGACUGCAGUCAUAGUGCUGUGUGUCCUGAUCAUAACAAUCAUUAACCAGUCUCACAUUACCAGCAAAAGCAUCACAGAAGAGAGAGACCAGCUACUAACCAAAUAUAAAGAAGAGAGAGACCAGCUACUAACCAACAAUAACAACAUCAUAAAAGAGAGAGACCAGCUACUAACCAACAAUAACAAUAUCAUAAAAGAGAGAGACCAGCUACUAACCAACAAUACCAACCUCUCAAAAGAGAGAGACCAGCUACUAACCAAAUAUACCAACAUCACAGAAGAGAGAGACCAGCUACUAACCAAAUAUACCAACCUCACAAAACAGAGAGACCAGCUACUAUUAAAUAAUAAAAAUUUGACAACAGAAAAUAAUAGAUUAUUAACCAAUCUUAAUAAACAAAGAGAGCAGUUAAAUGCAACGAUGGAGGUUUUAAAAAGAGAUGGAUUGGCAGUAUUUCAAUCUAGUUUGUACUUCAUUUCAUCUGAGAAGAAGACCUGGAGCGAUAGCAGAACAAACUGCAUACAGAGAGGAGCAGAUCUGAUCAUCAUUAACAAUCAAGAGGAACAAGAUUUUGUUAAGAACGUGUCUGGUAUAGAAUACUGGAUUGGUGUGUCUGACAGCGAUGCAGAGGGCAGAUGGAAAUGGGUUGACGGCAGCACACUGACCACUAGCUUCUGGGACAAAUCUAUUCCAGAGCCCAAUGGUGGAACACCAGAGAACUGUGCUGUGCAGGCAGAGCACCCAGCCCAUUGGAGCCCCAGCGGAAAACACAAGAGUAAGCAGCCUGUGGCGAGCGACCUGGAAGUUGAGGGGGAGGAGGUGACCACACUACUCCCUCUUCCGAUGGAGGCUCAGCUGAAGAAUUUGUGUUCUGUUCCACUGCUGGCUGAAAACUGCAGAGCCAACUGCAGAGCCAGGUGA